CAGAGAAAGAGAGAGAGAGAAUAAAGUUAGUGAAAGAGUGGAGUGUGUGAGUGUGUGUAGAGAUGCUGCCGUGAGAACAGACUGAACAAACUACCAGAAACAUGGUGAAGAACGUUCACUGUGAGGUGCAGAGCGGGGCUGGAGCAGGGCUGGAGAGAGAGACAGUUCAGACUAAAACUGAACAAUCCACAGAUGAGUGUAAGGACACUAAGGAGGGUCCGGCCCCUGGGGUCCUGUGGAGAGUCACCGGCGGACUCUACAGCGCCACCAAGGGUGUGGUCGGGGCAACAGUUGGAGGCGUGGCCUGGCUCGGAGGGAAAAGCCUGGAAAUAACCAAAUCAGCCGUGACCUCGGCGCCCUCAGUGGGCGUCGGCCUGGUGAAGGGCGGAGUCUCUGCAGUGGCAGGGGGCGUGGCCUCUGUAGGCUCGACUGUGGCUAGCAAAGUUACAGGAAAGAGGAAGGAUAAAGCAGAGUGAAUAGGAGGAAGAGGAAGAGGAGGAGGAGGAUGAAGGACAGUGUGCCCCUGAGCCAAAGCACCACAGCACCACAAUCAUUUUCCGAUGUGACACAAAGUGCAUUACCUAUCUUCAGUCAGGGCUUUGUUUUUAAUUUCAUGUUUCUUUUUUAAGUUCUGUUUGUUGUCUGAUAAAAUGUUCAAGAUAAUAAAGUUGUUGUAGCAUGCCAUCAGCUGCCAGAGCCCUGAGAGAGCCCAGAACACAAUUGGUUUUGCUCUCUCUGGGUGGGUACAGUACAGUAGAUGGUGCUGUUCUCUUUCCCCUCAUCACUCCUAGGGUGAUGUGGGUCAGCACAAGGCUGCGUCUGUGAGCUGAUGUAUCGGAACCAAGUCGCUGUGCUUUCCUCUGAGCGUUAGCGCUGUGAUGCUACUCAGCAAUGAUGCUACAGCAUCAGCAGCAGUUCAAAAAGAGGCAGAGCCUGACUAUAGGUGCCACCCAUUAGCUGAUGGAACGUGCGGCUUAAAACCUACCUAUUUAGUUAGCUGAGAUGCUAACACUGACCAAACAUGCAAAUUUUUUUAACAGUCAGUGAGUAAUGCUAAGACAAACCUUGAAAAGAAGGUCAAAAGAACGUUUUCUGAACGUUACAAUUUACAUUCUUAAAAUCCUUCAAUCUGUAAAGUUUUUUGGAUGUUCUUACAACGGUUUAAUUAAACAUUUUUAAAUGUUCUGGUAAUGUUAUGCAUUUCCAGAACGUUCCUCAAACAUUCUUUUUUGUAGCGUACCAGGCUAACCUUCCUGAAACCUUUCUGAAAUGUUUCUAAACGUUCUUAUUAUGUUCUCUUGUUAGCUGGGCGCUUCACAAAACAUGCUAGUUAAUAUUGCUAACAUUGAACAGAAGUUAGCAUUUACAAUGUUUUUAGCAUGAUUCUAAUUAGCCGUUUUCUUCUUUUUUUUGCCGGUUUCUUUGUUAGCAGUGUUUUGCUGCUGUUUUAAACUGUCUGGAGUUUCUAAGGGAUAAAACUUAAAAAUAAAAACUAUGUUUUAAAUCAAUCACAGAAAAGAUCAUUUAAAAACUGAUCAGAACUUUUUGAUUUGAUUCCAAAAUGCUGGUUAUUUCUCCUGUUUUCUCUUUUUACAUUUUUCUACAGUUUUACUUGUUCUAAUGGUUUAUUUUGCAGUAUUUUGUGAUUUUUUUUUUGGAGGGGGGGGGGGUUGUAGGGUAUUUGUGGUCAGGAAAUUCAUGUUUUUACUUUUGCAAUUAAUGCUUUUGUGAAAAAUUUAUGCUUUUGUGAAAAACAAAAAAACGCUAAAAGAGAAGCUGAAUACUUUGGAAACAGUUCCAGAAUAUGCUUUUUUAAAAACUAUUUAACAAAUUCAAUACAUUAGUUAUUGGUGCAUGUUAACUCAAGAUUUGUCCCUGAAUCAAAAUUUCUACUACUUUUUAAAAUAUUUAUUUUAUAACAGGUCCGUUUGUUUAGUCGGCCCAAACACAUUUCACUUUUAGCUUUUUUAGUAGAUUUAGUUUGUGGAUAUUUUGAUGUAUUUUCUGCAGUACAAUGCAAAGUGCCAGGUUUGCCACCAUGUGCGAGUGUGUGUUUGAGAGGGAGAGAGUGUGUGUGUGUGUGUGUGUGUGUGUGUGUUUUUCUUAUUGCUGGGAUGUUGCUGGAGAGUUUUGCUGUACAUUCCAAACUGUAAAAUCUUUACAUGAAAUAAAGCCAUAUGGAACUUUUACUGUAAACAGCUUUAGGUUUUCGUUUAUGAAACAUUAAACAUGUGAAAUUUAA